CAAAAAUGUAAUCUCAAAUCAAGUAUCGACAUUGUUCAAAGACCUCAAGCAGGUCGAGCCUGCAGUGACACUGCCGCGCUCUGCCGAUUGGAAUUGCUGAAGGCUUGGAUUGCGAUUUGCGAAGGGGGCUGAAGUCGGAGCGCUCCCCUGAAUUCCUGAAGGUCGAUGGUUCGGUAGCUUGUUGGUCUAACUUUUUAAAUUCUUCUGAUCUUAACGUUUCACUCAAGGAUACAUUGAGCUCAUCAAAGAAAAUCUAAAUCGGCCUCCAGACGGUUAUCUUUUUUCUUCGAUGGCAAACUCAUUGCGGUUAUAUCUUACGUGCAUAAGGAACACUCUUGAGGCGGCCAUGUGUCUCCAGAACUUCCCCUGUCAAGAAGUUGAAAGACAUAACAAACCAGAGGUUGAACUAAAGAGCAGCCAAGAACUUCUACUCAAUCCUGUUUUGAUCUGCCGAAAUGAGGCUGAAAAAUGCUUGAUAGAAACCUCUAUUAAUUCACUGAGGAUAAGCCUCAAGGUAAAGCAGUCAGAUGAACUUGAAAACAUAUUAGCGAAAAAGUUCCUCAGGUUUUUAUCAAUGAGAGCAGAGGCAUUUCAGGUACUUCGGAGAAAGCCAGUACAGGGCUACGACAUUAGUUUCCUCAUAACUAACUACCAUUGUGAGGAAAUGCAGAAGCAGAAACUAAUUGAUUUUAUAGUACAGUUCAUGGAGGACAUUGACAAGGAGAUUAGUGAACUCAAAUUGUCAGUUAACACCCGAGGAAGACUUGUGGCUACUGAGUUUCUGAAGCAAUUUGUCUGAUAUCUAGUAGUCUCAUCGUUUUUCUCCUUUUUAACGCUUCCUAUCUGCAUAUCUAAAGACACAUUCUGUCCUUACCCUAAAGGCCUGAAUUCAGAUUAGAUGUUCCCAUCUUUGUUUAAAUUCGAUGUACAUAUAGGUUGCGCUCGAAAGUUUUUGCGUAAGCCUCAGUUUGGAUUGAUGCUAUAAAUGAGUAUAAGACUAUAAGUGAAAUUACCAGAUCCAAAUUUUACCAGCUUAUAUAAAUCGUCAACUUAAUGUAUGCUGAGUUUGUUAACACUUAACAAUGCCGAGUCUUUUGUUGUUAA